GCUCGGCUCUCCACCCUGAAGACAAGCAGAUGCUCUCCAAACACACGCGGGAGGCCGUCUGUAUGUGAGAGGACGUUUCUUUGGAUGUGAAUUAAUGGUGGGAGAGGAGGAAAGUGCGGGUGAAAGUCGGGUUGGUAAAAGUUGAGUGAAGUUGAGCGGUGCACAGCGGAGCAGCGACACCAACACCAACACCGUGCUCUCACUCACACUCACUAACGGACCACAAUCCGCCUUCCUGCUGUUUCACGAGCGAAUGCUUCAGCGCAAUGUUGCGAAUGGAACAGCGGUAGGUACCAGGAGGAAGCGGAGCGGUUGUACGUUUAAAUAACAGCAGAUCGGUAUGGAGGAAGGCGAGCGCAGGUCGGAGUCGGAGCCCGGGGUCCAGACGGAAAGCCUCUCAUUGAUAUUGAGCGCUGAGGGAGAUGAGGAGGAGGAGGAGGAGGAGGAAGAGGCCACGCUGCCUCACUGCGCAUCGGAACAGCUCUCAGCAGAUGAAGAUGACCUUAGCAACGGUCACAUUAGAGAUGAUGGCCACGUAAGCCUGAACACCAGCGUGCAGUCUUCUGGCACGAGCUACUGGAGCGUCUCAGAGAGCCCGGACUCGCCCUUCCUCCUGUCCCCAGUUCCAGGCCCAUCCAGACGAAGAUUGAGUCCCGGUAAACCAGAGCGGGCGUCUCGGGCCGGGGUCAGCCGCAUUCCCGGUCGAGACCACCGCCGCUACUACCACGAGCACUGGAGGAACGAGUACCUGAUGGAUUUCGACCCCAGGAGGAACGGCAUGAUAUGCAUGGUGUGUGGCAGUUCGCUGGCCACUUUAAAGCUGAGCACCAUUAAGAGGCAUAUCAGGCAGAAGCAUCCUGAUUCGUUGCUGUGGAGCGCGGCCGAUAAGGAGGUGAUCCGCUCAGGCUGGGAGAGCCACCUAAGCCUUGAGAACAGCCAGGGUACCUUACUGGAACCAGAGGUCUCUUCGGAGACAGAGGAGAAGCCCGAAUGUGAUAAUCACUCUGCACACAAGCCUAGUGCUGCAACGCCGGUUAAAUCUCAGUCUGAGGCUGAGGUCAGCACAGUGCCCUCCUCGUCUGCUCAGGAAGCUCCCAGUUUGCCGACAGAGAUGCUGGAGCGCUAUGUAAACGACUCCCUUCAUGCCUGGUUCCGGCAGGAGUUCCUGAUGGAGUACCAGGCGGAGGCAGGCAGGCUGGUGUGCAUGGUGUGUAGCUGCCCGCUGCCCUCACUGCACCUUGACCACAUUAAGAGCCAUGUGCUGGAGCAGCACCCUAACUCCCUUGUGUACAGCGCCGAGGAGAAACACAGAAUCCUGCAGAGCUGGGCCCUGAGCCACGAAUCCGACUCAGUGAGUGAUUUUAUCAAAUCAGAGCCAGACACCAAAGACGUGACAAUGAACAGCCCAGUGCGAGGCUCCCCAUCAGGGUCAGAUAGUCUUCAGCACAGUGCAGAGUCAUACAGAGGGCUUGAAGCAAGCACCCCUUCGCAACAUCCGCCCAAGAUCAGGUUAAAGUCCAGUUUCCCCUGGCACCUAAGGCUGGAUUAUUUGGUUGCCAUUGGGCCUCCAGGCAUGCCAGGCUGCUACUGCAUGGUUUGCUCGGAGCAGCUGCCCCUGGCCAAAGUCGGCACCUUCCGCAGACACAUCCAGGACUGCCACCCGGAAACCACCAAUCUCAGCCAGAAAGAGAGAGAAGAUAUAGCCAGUGCCUGGACCCAGAUGGCGAACAACGAGGAGCCAGAGAUACAUUCAGAACAGGGUGACUCAGAAGGUGUUUCGUCAGCUGUUCCUAUACAAACGUUGCCUGGGAAACCCACUAAGCUGAGUGGCAUCAAGAAGGAGGAUGGAGAGAAAACAAGAACCAUGCCACUUGCACUUAAUAUCGGACGAGUCAACCACUACCCAGGGAAGGACCAGCGGCGUAACUACCAGCUGCGCUGGCGCAUGGACUUCCUGAUGGACUACGACCCCAGGAGGCACGGGCUGAUCUGCAUCGUGUGUGGCGCCACGCUGGCGACGUUAAAAGUGAGCACGAUCAAACGGCACAUCCAGCAGGUGCACCCUCACUCGCUGGACUACAACGAGGAGGAGAAGCUGCAGGCGCUACAGAGCUACAGCCAGGCCGCGCUGAGUUUCGUCCACACGGACGACUGCUUCUCAGGCUCCGACCACAGUCAGACAGCUAUGGCUGACGUCGAGGCCGUCGACCAGCCUGACCAGUACAGCACUUAAUAAACACUGGGGUGUUGUGGCACGGUUUCUUGCGCUCAGGAAGUUGAUUGCUGGAACAAGCCAAAAAAAAGAAAAUGCAGCCUUUGUUGGAAAUAAACUAACGGUGCACUUUUGGGUCCUGAACUAUUUCAUUAAUUGUUUUUUUUUGUUAUGAAGCUUGUUUAAUAAUUAUUACGCAAUGGUCAAGAAAUGGACACUUGCUUACUACAAAGGAAUGAUGUCAUGAAAUGAAUUGAGUUGAUUAAUCCUUUAAUUUUUUUUAAAGCACCUUUUAUGCAUCGUGGACAGAGCAGUCGAUGGCCAGAUUUAAUUGCUGCGAAUUUUAGCGAGUUUUAGCGCAGCAGAGGGGAGCGUCUUUUGAAAGGCGUCAGCAUUGCAAUGGUUCGCACAUUCAGCACUUAAAGCACUUGGCAUGAGCACCAGGGGAAUCAUUUACAAAGCGUCUAGGGUGGCACCUCGUCAAGCAUGUGCUGCCUGCAGAGUAAAACCUUCCAUUCACUUUCCAUUCAAAAUAAUUAAAGCUUUGUUUUUAUAAUGCUACAUAAUGAAUACUUUAAUUCAGCAUUACAUCAGAUGAUAUAUCACCUAUGAAUCAAUAGGUCUGUGAUUUUUAAAAUGAAAUUGUAUAAACAGACACCUGUUACUUGUCAUGACAGAAAUGAGGGACACAAGUCCAUGUCUCAGGGAAUGUGUACUUGCCAUCUGUGAUGUAGAUUUCAUUUCUUGUGAUUUUGCCAUUGACUGUAGUCCGAAUGAUGCUAUUAAAAUAAAUACAAAGACGACGUGAAC